AGGGAACAUUUGUUCGGGACGGGCAGACGGUGCCGUUAUGUCGACAAGCCGUAACACCGUGUACUUCUCGUUAAAUCGGAUUUAAAACUCGAGCGGAGGAACUUUUGCCUUUAUAACCGCGCCGGUACGGGAUCUGUUUUAGGGUCGAGGUUUUUUUUUUCUUCUUCUUCUUCUUCUUUCUUUUUAUAUUCAUCGCUCGUCGCAGCUUUGAAGUUUAAACCAGCGACGUGGGAGCGUUUUAUGUGUGCAGGGAAGAGGAGUCGCUGGACACGACGUGCACACCGCAUAUGUCUGGGUAGCAUUUCUCAAGAUCACAGCUGCAGGCCAUUUACUGAUGGGUACAUACUGUGGGGCGACGCACAAAAACAGCCACAACUCAUUCAGAAGAGACAGGAACUGUGAAAGAAUGAAGACGAGCUAGAUUUUCGUCGCCCUCAGUAAAAGCCCCGAAAUUCGCGUGCAGCUAAUGAGUACCUGGACUAAACGCGUAAUUGGAGAAGCCUGAAGAGUGACAUCGCUCGCUAAAGAUUAAAUAAUAAUAAUAAUAGUAAUAAUAGUAAUAAUAAAAAUGAGCGCUGAAGGAUACCAGUACAGGGCGCUUUACGACUACAAAAAGGAGAGGGAGGAGGACAUUGACCUGCAUGUGGGGGACAUACUGCUGGUAAGCAAAGGAGCUCUGGUGGCUCUGGUGGGGUACACUGAUGGACUGGAGCAGCGGCCGGACGAAAUUGGCUGGCUACCAGGCUUUAACGAAACCACUCAGGAAAAGGGGGACUUCCCUGGGACGUACGUCGAGUACAUGGGGAGGAAGUGGAUCUCCCCCCCGACGCCCAAGCCGAGGCCCGUCCGACCUCUACCUGUAGCUCCGGGCUCCUACAAGGCCGAGACAGACUCUGACUCAGAACAAGGCUUCGGUCUGCUGGACCUGACGGAGCAGUUUUCCCCUCCGGAGACCGCUCCGCCCAUGCUGGCCAGACUGCUGGAGGCCAUCGAGAAGAAAGGUCUGGAUAACCCCACUUUGUAUCGGACGUUUACUGCAGGUGCUGGACUUGAAGUCAGACAGUGUUUUGAAAGUGAUCCUGCCUCUGCAGAGCUGGAGCAGCUGGAUCUUCCAGUUAUGUGCGACGGCCUGCGCCGAUAUCUGCAGGAUCUCCCUCAGCCCAUCGUCCACACGGCGAUAUACGCUCAGAUGAUCCACACCGUCAAAGAGGUGGUGAAUCCUGAGGAAUGUGCCCAGCUGCUACGUCGCAUCGCCAGCACCCCGAGCCUCCCUCCUCAGUACUGGCUGAGCCUCCACUGUCUGCUCAGGCAUUUCUCUAGAGUUUGCCACAACGGCUCCAAGAACCUGCUCAGCGCCCGGUCGCUGGGCGAGAUCUUCAGCCCCGUGCUUUUCAGACAGCAGGCCACCAGCUGUGAACCCGGCCUGGAUGCUCACAUCAAGAUCGUCGAGGUUCUGGUGACCAGCGAGUGGAGUGAAAGUCAAGCCGCUCCAGCUCUACCUCCAAAGCCGCCCAAGCCCGCAUCUGUGAUUAACAACGGUAUGAACAACAACAUGGCUCUGCAAGACGCCGAAUGGUACUGGGGGGACAUCUCCAGGGAGGAGGUCAACGAGAAACUGAGGGACACUGCGGACGGUACGUUCCUGGUGCGAGACGCCUCCACGAAGAUGCACGGAGACUACACUCUGACUCUGAGAAAAGGAGGAAACAACAAGCUUAUAAAGAUAUUCCAUCGAGACGGGAAGUACGGCUUCUCGGACCCUCUGACCUUCAGCUCCGUCGUUGAGCUCAUCAACCACUAUCGCAAUGAGUCACUGGCUCAGUACAAUCCUAAGCUGGACGUCAAGCUGCUGUAUCCCGUCUCCAAACACCAGCAGGAUCAGGUGGUGAAAGAAGACAACAUAGAAGCUGUGGGAAGGAAGCUGUGCGAGUACCACCAGCAAUACCAAGAGAAGAACAAAGAGUACGACCGACUUUACGAAGAAUACACCAGAACUUCACAAGAAAUCCAAAUGAAGCGAACAGCGAUCGAGGCGUUUAACGAAACCAUAAAGAUAUUUGAGGAGCAGUGUCAGACGCAGGAGCGGUACAGCAAAGAGUACAUCGAGAAGUUCAGGAGAGAAGGCAACGACAAAGAGAUCCAGAGGAUCAUGGGCAACUACGAGAAGUUGAAAUCGAGGAUUAGCGAGAUCGUGGACAGCAAGCGGAGGCUGGAGGAGGAUCUGAAGAAGCAGGCGGCCGACUACAGGGAGAUCGACAAGAGGAUGAACAGCAUCAAGCCCGACCUCAUCCAGCUCCGCAAGACCAGAGACCAGUAUCUAAUGUGGUUGACCCAGAAGGGAGUCAGACAGAAGAAACUCAACGAGUGGCUGGGAAUCAAGAACGAGAACACAGAAGAUCAAUAUUCGAUGGUGGACGACGACGAAGACCUUCCUCAUCACGACGAGAGGUCGUGGAAGCUGGGAAACAUCAACCGACUACAGGCGGAGGCUCUUCUCCAGGGAAAGAGAGACGGAACAUUCCUGGUUCGGGACAGCAGCAAAGCGGGAUGCUACGCCUGCAGCGUUGUUGUGGACGGCGAAGUGAAGCACUGCGUCAUCAACAAGACCCCCUCAGGUUUCGGCUUCGCGGAGCCGUACAACCUGUACAGCUCCUUAAAAGAACUCGUACUUCACUACCAGCACACGUCUUUGGUCCAGCACAAUGACUCUCUGAAUGUGACGCUAGCGUACCCCGUGUACGCGCAGCAGAGACGGUGAGAACGCGGACGUAUAUAUCGACACGCCACGGACACACAAAGAAAAGAGAAAAAAAACGAUUUUUUUAAAAUGAAAACAAAAAAGGCCUCGCGGGAGAGACGACUGGACACGUGUCGUUCUGGAUGGACUCGUUCGGUGACGGACGAGGAACGAGGAACGAGGACCCCGGAGAAAACGGCCCUGACUCAGACUUGAAAAUCGGAGGAAAAGAUGCAAUAAAGCCUGGAACAUUUCAGUGACUUUGCCUUUCGACCACAAGCCUGAGGCGAGUCUGAAUGUAGAGAGAUGAUUCUCUCUCUCUUUGCUUUUUCUUGUGGGAGCACAGAAAUCAAGCGGGGAAAAAAAAACUGCUGAACUCCCCCCGAGCGGAGGAACGUUUUGAGGCCUUUUUUCCUUACGGUGCUUGUUCUUUUAUUUCUUUAUUUUUAUUUUUUAUUUUCAAAGCUUUACCAGCCGGAAUGUCUAAAUCGCAACAGAUGAACUCUUCUAAAAAAAGAAAAAAGGAAACUGUACUCACCGGCCACAACUUCUGUUUUUUUUGUUUUUUUUGUUUCUUCCACUUUUGUUUUUUCCUUUUACGUCAUAUGUGUGUGUGCGUAUGUGUGUGUAUGUGUGUGUGUGUUUCUUUGUAUGUGGCUAUGAGCGAGUGUGCGAUCGUCCACGUGACCAAAACGUCGUUUGUGUUAACUGUUUCGGUAGCAGACCAUGGAUCAGCUGAUAAAUGUAGCAAAAUGGCACUUUUUUUAAAAAAAAAAGAAAGAAAGAAAGAAAAAAAACAACAAAUUUUAAUUUUCUUUUUGAGAAGAAAAAAGAAAAAAAGACUCCUAUGGACUUUUUAUCAGAAGAGCGGAGAGGACGAGACGAGACGUCUGCAUCCUGCCCUCUCACUGUUGAGCAUUAUAGAGAUAAAUCUUAAACUGUGCGCAGGCGAAAAAAACUAUGAAUGGACUAUUUCAUGUACAUAUGUGAAAAUGUGCAGAAGUCAUGAAUCAAAACAAAAAGAAAAGAAAAAAGUGCACCAUACCAAAAAGGAUCAGUUCCUGUUUAGUUCUAUUCUGAUCUGCUAUGCAAUUAUUUCUCCAUUACUACUUCAGAGUUGUUUCUAUUCUGUUGCAAACCCACAAUAUAAGCUUGUUUUUAUUGCUUGAAAAGUAUCUUUUCCUGUGUAAAUAUCCAAGAGGAUAUUUUGUGUCAAAAUGCCAAGAUACAGUUUUUAAAAAAAAGAAAGAAAGAAAGAAAAAUGCUUAUGAUUUUUUUUUUUUUUUAAAGAUAACAGAAAAACAUACACUUUAUUAUAAAUUACUUAAAAAAAAAACAGCUGGUAUAAAGAUGGAAAAAAAGUAUUUUAUUAGUCUCUUUGUUGCUUCAAACUAAUGUUGUUCUCAGGCAGAGCCUUUUGAGUAUUUUUUGAGCUGCUUCAGUCACUAUUUUCUGACGGACAGAGCUAAAAAAAAAAAGCAAACAUGCAGUUCUUUGUCGACUCGGACGGAGACGGGGCCGCGCGACCCUCGGCAACCAUCACCACGGAAACAAACAGUAUAGAUUUAUUUUGUUAUAAAAUAUAUAUAUAUCUAAAUAUAUAUAAUAUAUAUAUAUAUGUUCCCAUAUGAGGAUAUAUCAGAGCAGACUGGUGUUUUCAACGGAUGGAUAUUGUUAUUAAAAAGACCAAUAUACAUUGUACACUUAGUAUUUUUCUGUAUCAGAAAAUCACUGUGUUUACAUGGGUGGAGCGACUCAUUUCAGAUAGUCAGUCAGUAAUUUCAUAUUUCAGAGGACAGAAAAAAAGAGUUAAUUGCCUACUACAUUUUUAUUUUUAUUUUUAUUAUUUUUUUUUUUUCUCUCCCCAUCUUGAGCUUUGACCACGAUUCAAUUCAAGUGACUGGUGUAAAAAACCAAUAAAAAAAUGUUAAUUUACGACAAAAUAUCUGCUAUUAAUAAUAAGUUUAGCAUUAUUCCCCCUUACCUGCCUCGAUGUGAACGCACAGCUCUUAAUUUAAGCUGUUCUUAUAUAUAUGUGUGUAACAAAUUAGUUGUACAAACCAUUAACAACAAAAAAAAUAAUUGUUCAGAAUUUCCAUUGGGUGAAAUGUCUCAAAUUUGACCUAUUUUUUGGGGGGGAAAUUUCACGUAAUAUUUUCCCUUUUAUUGCGUAUUAUCAUCAUCUCCCCGAGGUGCAACUUGUUAAAGCAAACUACGGUACACACAGCUGAGUUUAAAGUGUUUUUUUAGAUGUCAUUUAUUCUCAUUGGUUCUUUCCAAGCUGUUAACAGGUGGACGCAUCACUUCUAAUAUUUGACAUUUAUUUUUUACUAGAAGUAUGAUUUUAUUUUCCUCCCCGACAGCCGCUGGCAUGAUAGUUUUUGUUUCUUAUUGUCAAAUUUACUUUUUUUUUUUUUAGUUCUUGGACGACAUGCACCAUUACUUUCUUUGCCCUGAUUCUGGGCUGUAUGAUUAUUAUAGGUGUCCUUUUUUUUUUUUUUUUAUUAUUUUUAUUAUUAUUAUUAUUAUUAUUUGAAGCUAUUUUGUUGGUGUCCCAAACAUUGAUGAUUGGAUUUGAGAUUUGCCAGUGUUCCCAAGUUUUUGCUUCAAAUCUGUAUUGGGCUUCGUUAAAACUGAAAUAAAACACUUCUUUUUAAGAAA